ACUGAAUCUCAAUCUCCUAUCCCCACAUAUGAACUGGAUUCGCUUCAAACUUCUGGUUCCCAGAACUAGAACACCAACAACUCUUUCCCAUUUCAAUCUUGCUUCGAUUGCCUCAUCUGAGACCAACCCAUUCUUCCCAUAUCCGAACGCUGAAGACCCAGCCAAGACAUUACCCAAUCGAUUCAAUGCUCCCAUUAAAGCACUCUACAUCUUCAUCGCCAUGUGCAGAGCUGGACUCCUCCCUGAUCGUUACACUCUCCCCAUUGUCUUAAAGGCCGCUUGUCAAUGUUUCUCUAUUGACCUCGGCCGUCAACUCCACUCCAUCUCUGUGAAAAUCGGAUUAGUGUUAAAUGAGUUUUGUGAGAGUGGGUUUAUAAACCUUUAUAUGAAAGUGGGACAGUUUGACAAUGCGAGGAAAGUGUUCGAUGAAAAUCCGGACAGAAAGUUGGGGUCUUGGAAUGCCUUGAUAGCAGGACUUGCUCAGAGUGGACUAGCUAGAGAGGUGAUAGAUAUGUUUUUGGAGCUUAGAAAGAGAGGGUUUUUGCCUGAUGAUGUGACUAUGGUUAGUGUGACUUCGUCUUGUGGGAGUUUAGGGGACUUCGAGUUGGCUCUUCAGUUACACAAAUGUGUAUUCCAAGCCAGAAGCUUGGGAAAAUCCGACAUGUUGAUGUCGAAUUCGGUGAUCGACAUGUACGGGAAAUGUGGUCGGAUGGAAUUAGCUUAUUUAGUUUUCUCAAGGAUGAGGGAAAGAAAUGUCUCUUCUUGGACGUCUAUGAUCGUCGGCUAUGCAAUGCAUGGUCAUGUCCAGGAAGCUCUCGAUUGUUUUCGUUGCAUGCGAGAGGUUGGCGUUCGACCUAACCAUGUUACAUUUGUUGGGGUGUUGAGUGCUUGUGUGCACGGUGGGAAAGUGGAGGAAGGGAAAUUUUACUUUGACAUGAUGAAGAGUGAUUAUAGGAUAAGGCCAACUUUGCAGCAUUACGGUUGCAUGGCGGAUUUGCUUGGUCGAGCCGGGUUGCUCAAGGAAGCAAAAAAGAUGGUGGAGGAUAUGCCUAUGAAGGCAAAUGUAGUGAUAUGGGGGUGUUUAAUCGGCGCCUGCGAGAAAUUCGGGAACGUGGAGAUCGGGGAGUGGGUAGCUAAGCAUAUGCAGGAAUUGGAACCAUGGAAUGAUGGGGUUUAUGUUGUAUUGUCCAAUAUUUAUGCUGCUAAUGGUUUGUGGGAAGAAGUUGAAAGGGUUAGAGGGAUCAUGAAGCAAAUGAAACUUGCCAAGACUCCUGGUUAUAGCUUGUCAUCAAGUUCAGAUUGAACUUAGUUUGUUCCAAUGGCCAUUUCAGACUAAAAGUUGCUUGCCUGAGCCUCUAUUUAUUUGUUGUUGCACGUCAC